CGCACCCGAACACCAAAAGAAAAUUCCCCCCUCCGAGUCUCUUCCGCCGGAAUCAAGGUCGCCGCCUAACCCCUCCCUCCGUCGCCGACGAAGCUGCUGCCUCCGCCGCCGAGAGGAGCUCCGAGCUCUUCCACGACCUCGCGUUCCCGCCUCUGCGCUGCCGCCGCUCCAACCUGUGCCAUCCCCGUCACCCCGUCCGUGACGAGCUCCGCAUCCUCCCGUGCAGGGACUCCGACCCGUGCUGCCGCCACCAACCUCCCCUCAAGCGGCAAGUGCCUAUAAAUUUGGGUGAGAAUGGCAGGACAAUCGCCAAAUCAAGUAUCAUCAGCUGAAGCUAUCUUGGUGGGAGCCUUGUCCUCUGGUGUUAAUGCUCCCACGUGGGUCGUGCUCCAGAUCACAUUUUUGCUACUGGCAUUCUGCUUCACCGCGAUGCUUUACCUAGCCUUUUUCUCAAGCGACUUUGUGAUCAUCGGUCACGUCCUUCUGCUCAUAACCAUCGGCGCGGUUCUAUUUGUGCUCCUCAACAGGUUCCUCGCGGAGACCGGCUUCGUCCCGGUCGAACAGCAGAUGCAGGAGAUAGGGAUCCGCAAACCAGAAGCCACAGAGAAAGACAAGAGCAAAUGAGCCUUUUGGGCCCAACUUUUUUACAUUACAUUAUGAUGAUUAAACAGAGCGCGCCUCGCUGUACGCAACGGCUCCACACAUAGUAUACACAAAGUUCAGAUAGACGCUAAUUGCACAGGUGCAUAUCCGUUUAAGUGCAGCGAUACUUUGGAGCGGGGCAGCUUCUUCAGCCAUACGCUCGGCCGCUUCGUCAGUCCUUCGGUUUGCCGCUCUUCUUCUUCUUGAUGUAGCAGAAGCACGAGCAGCAGGGGAACUGGAACAGGAACUUCAUUGGUCUGGGAUGGGAUUUGCCGAUGCUGUUGUUUGUUGUGUGCGUUGGUGUGUUGCUGAAGGCGGGUCUGCAUCCGGCCGAUAAAUAUACUAGCGUGUUGAUUCCUUGCUUGGCUGGUUAUGUUAUCACAGGACGGUGGAGAUUGUGGUGCUUUCUUGUGUGUGGGGUGGUUUGUGUGAUUAAUUAAAACCAUUAAGCUACGCAUGAAGGGAGGCCAACCAGCUAUGCCACAUGGCGCAAGCUGGUUGGCCGCGGUGAGAAAUCUUUUAGAAAUUUUUUAGAUGAAAGUGUGGAUUAUUUUUUAAAUGUAUUUUUUUAGAUGGAGGUGAGGACCUCUGAUAUUUUUUAAAUGGAGGGUUAUGUAAAGUGGCACUCGCUGGUAGGCUGAGGUGGUAAUUUUUUUUAUUUUUUUUAGAUGAAGGCGAGGCUUUU